AUGUCCGCGACAACACUUGAAAGUGCUCCUGCGCCAGAGGCAGCGGUCUCUAAACAAUUGGGAAUGCGGAAAAAUGGCAAGCAAUGGCAUGCCCCGAAGAAAGCUUUCCGACCUGGAUCCGGUUUGACUCCCUACGAGCAGCGCGCAAAGGCAAGGGUGGCACAAGCUGCUGUGAAGGCCAUGGAGAAAGAAAUGAAGGAAGAAAAAGAGGCGGAACGACAGAGACGGAUACAAGCUCUGAAGGAAAAGCGAGCUGCGAAGGAAGAGAAAGAAAGAUACGAGCAGUUGGCGGCGAAGAUGCACAAGAAGAAGCUGGAACGGCUGAAGCGCAAGGAAAAGCGCAACAAGUUGCUCAACUCAUGA